CGAAGCUCACCUUUUAAGGCGUUAUGUUGAUGAUGAUGAUGAUCCCCGUGCCAGCGCGCGCUCUCUGCCAGUACGCACGCGAACCUGCUGCUGACCGUUGGGAUUCCUCCUGUCAGCGUUGAUGAACACAAGUUACCGACUUUCUCCGGAUUACCGUCACCGACCGAGCGCACACGGCUCGAAGCCGACAAACCGAGCAGCCGGUGUGGAUGGAUGGGGCGGUGAUAGACAUGUGUGAACCGACGCUAAGCAGCAUCGUCUGAGCUGGAACACGUACGCCAGCUGCUCGCUCGCAGCCGCUCUGCCACACGCGGACACCGAAGCUCGACGGCUCCGGUUCGAGGGAGGGCUUUUCCAGCAAGCAGCCGGGGGAAAAUGACAGACUCGGAGCCCCAAUUUUUUUUUUUUUCUUAAAAAUGUGUUGUUUUCCAGUAUGAAAAUAUUUAGAUAAAAAAAAAAAAACGUGAUGCAAAAUCUUGUUUUGGUCAUCCGGACGGUUGUAUAUAGGCAAUACAAAUCCAGGCUAAAUGAUGUGCUUUUUAAAUUAAACCACGCAGGACGGACGCUACGUUUAGAUUCACUUGAAGAUCUUCUGAUAUAAAUUUAAAAAACAGCUAAUAAAGCUCUUCAUCUUUCCCAGGAGGUGUGAAGAACCCUGGAUUAGUGAGCUGCACUCACAGACCUGAGGGUUUCUUUGAGUUCUGCUAUGCAAGUGGAUUCUUAAAAAUAUGUAGGAAACCUAAUAAUAAGGACAUUGAAGACAAAAGCUGUUCUUGAGCUCAUGUGCUGUCAUCCUUUUCAAUUACUAUAUAGCAGCAGAGAAAAGAGAUAAAGAAGGAAAGAGUAAACAAGAAGCAGAGUGAGUCAAGAAUUUAAACCAACUAUAACGUGAAUCACGGAUAAAACACCUUUCAGACCAAAAGUGGUGCCUGUUUGACCACAGAAAGACAGAGAGACGGAGACUGACGGAGAAGCAAAGGUGUGGAGGAGGAGGAGGAGGAGGUCUAGAAGGGUUGGGAAAGAUCGUUCUCCAUGGCUACAGACCCAGGAGAGCCCACAGGCACUGAGGACUCUUCUGAGAAAGCUGAUGGAAAGAAGGAGGAGGACAAGGAGCGAGAGGUCAGGACAGACCAACAGAGGGAGAGGACACCUAACUCCUCUCUGGGCCUCCCCUCCUCCCAGGCUCAAAUGGACACAGAGAAAGGAGGAGAUGAUAGAGGAGGAGGAAAAGAAGAAGAUGCCUUCCAGAAGCCUGGACAGACCCCACAUCUAGCCUCUUUGCCUUCAGUACCUGUCGAUACUGGUCAAAGACGUCUGAAACGGGAAAAGCGCUUCUUCAGGAAGAGCGUGGAGAUCUGGGAGGCAGAUGAUGAGGCAGUGAUGCCUCCCGACGCUCCUCACAGCGCUCCCCCCCUGGAGCUGUGCUCCACAGAUUCAGUCUUUGACAGUGGCCAUCAACAAGGAGCUGCCUCUUCCUGCGUAGCCUUGGGGCGUGACCCCUCUCAGGGCCAAGAGCCUGGAAAAGAUGUUCCAUCGUCCGCACCCACCCCGAGUGUGCGAGAGAGGGACCGUGAGCAGGAGGAGGAGGCAGAGAUGAAGGCGGUAGCCACAUCUCCCGGCGGAAGGUUUCUUAAGUUUGACAUUGAACUGGGCAGAGGAGCCUUUAAGACGGUGUACAAAGGCCUAGACACAGAGACCUGGGUGGAAGUGGCCUGGUGUGAACUACAGGACCGUAAGCUGACCAAGGCGGAGCAGCAGCGCUUCAAGGAGGAGGCAGAGAUGUUGAAGGGACUUCAACACCCCAACAUAGUCCGCUUUUAUGAUUCCUGGGAGUCUGUGCUCCGUGGAAAGAAGUGCAUUGUACUGGUCACUGAGCUCAUGACAUCUGGAACGCUCAAAACCUACCUUAAGCGCUUCAAGGUGAUGAAACCCAAAGUCCUGAGAAGUUGGUGCAGACAAAUUCUGAAGGGCCUUCACUUCCUUCACACCAGGACUCCACCGAUCAUCCACCGGGACCUCAAGUGUGACAACAUUUUCAUAACAGGCCCCACAGGAUCAGUUAAGAUAGGUGACCUGGGACUUGCCACCCUCAUGAGGACCUCCUUUGCAAAAAGUGUCAUAGGAACCCCAGAGUUCAUGGCUCCAGAGAUGUAUGAGGAGCACUAUGAUGAAUCUGUGGAUGUUUAUGCCUUUGGGAUGUGUAUGCUGGAGAUGGCUACUUCAGAAUACCCUUACUCUGAAUGCCAAAACGCUGCUCAGAUCUAUCGCAAAGUCACAAGUGGUAUUAAACCAGCCAGCUUUGAUAAAGUAAAUGACCCAGAAAUCAAGGAGAUCAUUGAAGGCUGCAUUCGUCAGAACAAAAGCCAGAGACUCUCUAUCAGGGACCUCCUGAAUCACGCAUUCUUUGCAGAAGACACUGGAGUCAGAGUGGAGCUGGCAGAAGAGGACACAGGCACUCAGGAUUGCCUGGCUCUCCGGAUUUGGGUUGAAGACCCAAAAAAGCUGAAGGGGAAACACAAGGACAACGAGGCCAUUGAGUUCUCCUAUGACCUGGAAAAUGACAGUGCUGAGGAAGUGGCUUUAGAAAUGGUGAAGUCAGGCUUCUUCCACGAGAGUGAUGCGAAAGUUGUGGGAAAAUCCAUCCGGGACCGAGUGAAUCUGAUCAAAAAGUCAAGAGAGCGUCGGCAGCAGCAGCUCAUUCAUCAAGGCUUUGAUCACAGAAGAGACUCUACCAUCACCUCUUAUGUCUUCUACCCUUCAUGUCCAUCUUCACUAAUGGUUGGGGCAGCUGGACAAACAGGAGGUGGUGAAAGUGGAGCUGGAGGUGGGCUUCUGGAGUCUGGAGAGCUGCCUGAAGUAGACCAGCAUGUCAGGCAGCAACAUAUCCUUGGUCUGACCACUCUUAGCCUUCCAGAAAUUGAAAGUGUUGGGUCUGCCAGCUGCGAAUCCUAUGCCAGUGGGCAGAGCCUGGCUCUCUCACUGCAGGGGGAAACUCACUGCCACUCCCAGAUAACUCCUCAACCUCUGAUCACUGGUGCGUUGGCUGAAACUCAAAUGCUCUGCGCUGGCGAGACUGGAAGCGUUCCAACUCUGCCUCUUGUUCAGGGUGUUGGUAUGUCCAGCGUGUGCAUCCCCAAGACUGAAGUGGGACCUGUCGGCCAGGCGUUUCUUCAACCCGGUGUUGUUGUUCCACAGGUAUCCCCGAGUGUAGCGCAGCAAUACUUUCAGUCGCACACAUUUACAUCAGAUGCAUUUCAAACGCUCACUGCUCAUGGAUCCAUGGCUCCCUCGCAGUCAAACAUACUUCCUGUUUCUCCCCAAGCUCCCAUUAGUGUUUUCCCCACAUCCAUGUCAGUCAGUGACCCUGCUGUGCUUGCAGGGACCGUUAUCCCCCACACUCAGCUACCUGCCUCUCCCAUGCUGCAGACUGACAUUGCUCCUCACUCUGCUCCCCAGCAAACACAGCCUGUCUUUAGUCCACAGCUGUCCAUUAUUCCACAACCGGCCUCCAUCCAUCAGCAGCAACCACAGCAGCCCACAACAGUUGAACAGCAACAAGUUAGUGCAACUCCGCUACCACCAGAAGAACAUCUUCACACCCCUUCAGCUGCAGCUGUCCACCAACAUCCCCACGAGCCUGAGCAGCAGAACUUUGCACAGCGGCCGGUCCAAAACGUCGAGGCAUCUCCUCAACAGCAAGUGAUGACCGCACAGACAAAUAUGGAGUCUCAAGCUUUGUCAGUGCCACAGCCAGGGGAGCAACCUCAGGCCUAUAAAGGGCAACCAGCAGGAAAUACCUGCGAGCAAACAGUCAGACAAUCACAACAACUGCACCAACAGCUUCAGCAGCAGCAAUCUCUUUUGCAACAGCAGCAGCAGCUACUUCAGCAGCAACACCUGUUGCUUCUUGAAAGACACCCAUUGUAUGCCCAGAAGCUUGAUCAGCAGCAACAGAUGACUCUGCUCCAACAACAGGAGCACCAGGCGCAGCUCCAACAACUGAAUGCGCUGCAACACAAACCAGUCGUGGAUCAGCAGCAAGCUCUUGUGCAUCCAAAAUAUGAGCAGCAACAGCAAAGUCUUAUGCAUCAAGAUCAAUCUACACAAGCACAAGUGCAACAACUGCCACAUAUUCCCUCACAGCAACAGCAGAAGCAUCAGUUAUAUCAGCCAACAGGGCAGCAGCAGGAAGACAGAACCCAAACUGAACAAGACACACAGGAACAAAGUGGACAGCAACAGCAAAACGCUAUACUGCAGCAUCAGUCCCAGCAAACACAACAGAAAAAUGAACAAGUACAGCAGCAAAACUUAUUCCAUCAGAUGGAGCACCAACAAGCAUUGAUGCAACAGCAUUUGCUAAACCAGUUCAUUUUAAAGCAGUCCCAGUUACAACAGGCAGCGCAGCUGCAGCAGCAGGAGUGGCAACAAGUACAGCUUGAGCAGAACUUAGAGCAUCUGCAGCAGCAAGCUCUGUUGCAAAAGCAGCUUGAAGAGCAGCUUCAACAAGUCCCCUUAGAUAAACAAAGUGCAGUUUUGCAGCAACAGGCUCAAAUGAACUAUCAACACCAAGAGCUACAGCAGCAGCAGCAACCAGCUGCCAUCAUUCAGCAUCUACAGCAAGUUGAAAAGCAAGAACUCGUGCCUAAACCUCAAAGCAGCAGCGAGUUGCAGAUGCAGCCACGACCUGCUACCUUGCAGCAAACGUGUAAUCCACAAAUUGCCACUCUUCAGUCUGCGCAGCAGUCAGAUAAACAGGAAACUGUGGAGCAGCAAGCAGCACUCAUCCAGCCGCAGAAAGCUUUUGUUGCUCAGCCGCAACACUCCACCUCCAUGGAAACCCAUCUUUUAAUUGGUGUCCCUGCGAGCACUGAGGAAGUCCAGCACCAAACUCAAGUAAUCUCUCAAGUGCAGGUCCCUGUGACUAUCCAGACUACCCCGACUCCUGUCCAGACUGCUCCUGUUUUCCUAGGACAGCAAGAACACAGUCAGUUCCAGCCCCAAAAUCAGAAUCAGCUUGCAGCCCAGUUUUUAGUCCAAUCGGUGUCCAAAGCCCCUCCAGCUACAGCUGUGGUCAGUGUGGCUACUCCAACAGCUGUGAUCCAAGGACAAAAGCAAGUCUUGCAGACCCAGCACAUUCCUUUGCAGGCUAGUUUUCCUGGACCUGUAGCUCCUACACAGGUAGCUGCUCAGCCAUUAAUCCAGACUCAACCUCAUCACACAGCUAUUCUGCAGCCCCAGCCUUCACAUGGCCAAGUCCCAGACAAAGAUAUUCUGAUGAUGGGCCAACAAAACCAUGCCGCUGCUCAUCCUUCAAGCGCAGUUUCCUCUCUUCCAAGCCCAGCACAACAUGACACUCGUGUUCAGCACAAUGCUGCAGUACAAAGUCCCAUCCAGCCCAAGCUCCAACAAGAAGCUCAAGGCCGACCACCUUGUCAGGGCCAUCCUCACCCUGGCCUAGCGAGCCCACAGUAUAUCUCACAACCUCCCCACCAGGCCAUCCCGUCUGUGCCGCAUAAUAUGACUCAUAUUUCACAACAUCAGUUGCGUCAGCAGCCAGUAGUGCAGUAUCAGCAGAUGAUUCUGUCUCAGGCCUCGACUGAGAGUGCCGUGACAGCAGCAGAGAGUCUCACUCCAUCAGCUGAACUUGGCCAUCUUGUUGCUCCUCCUCCAGCGCAGACUGGACAAGGUGCAGCUCCGGGACAAACAGCACCAUAUCCAGUCGCUGCGGCCCAGCAGCACUUCCCUGGAAGCUCUGCGGACUCCUCUAUCAUUCAGCCAUUUAUGCCUCAGUCUGCUGAGUCACUGCAGCAGCAAAAGAAAAACCUUCCCCCGGGAAGUUCUACCACACAGCUCCAGCCCAUCCAAGCUCCCACCCAGCAACCGCCUCCUCAGCAACAGGCUUUAGCAACACUUGACAAAAAUCAGUCUCCUUCUCAGCCGCCCCCCGCUUCACAUGUGGUGAUACAGCCCCCUGCGCAGUCGGCACCCAGUAAUGUUUCUGUGCCUCAGUCCCCCAAUAAGACCCUCCCCUUGUAUAGUCACUUAGCAGCAGGUGCCCCUCCAUCUCCACAGCACCAUGCCAAACACCUGCUGCCGGCUCACACACAUACACAAACCUGCAUUCAUGCCCUGACUCACUGUCAAACACAGACACAGCUUCAAGCGCAAGCUAGCUCGCACACUCAGACAGACCGCAAGACACCAGUUUCUGAAGAAUCUCUUUUGUCUAAUGCUAAGUGUCCUGCACAACAACUGCCCCUCAGCCCUUCAUGCCCCUCCGCGACAUUACCGCCUGUACUUUCCCAGCAACCUGCCCCCGCUGCAGAGCUUCCUACGUCUUCGCCAGUAGCCCAGGUAUCUUUACCAGGGCAGCCCAACUUUGUACCCACCUCUCCUCAACCUGUCUCUGCUCUACAAUUGCUUGACUCUAAUGCUCCCAAACUUCCCCAAGCCUCGCUGCAAGACUGUGACAUUUCCCUGCCGGGCGGCGCUCAGGAUGGACCAUACCUGACAAGCACAGAAUGUCAGUCUUCAACAGGGUCUGUUUCAGCCAAUGGAGAAGACAUCCUGCAUCAUUUAGCAAAUGGAAAAUCUGACAAGUCAAAGUCUCAGAAAAAAACCUCCUCUCAGAAGCUUGAGAAAGCUUCUCACCAGUUUCAGCUGAGCAUGCUCCAGGUGUCCGGGAAGGGAGACAACUUGGUUGAAUGUCAGCUAGAGACCCAUAGCAAUAAGAUGGUGACAUUCAAAUUUGAUAUUGAAGGAGAUGCUCCUGAGGAUAUUGCAGAUUACAUGGUAGAGGAGGACUUUGUCCUGGAUUCGGAGAAAGAGAAAUUUGUGGAGGAACUAAGAUCAAUUGUGAAAAAAGCCCAAGAAAUCCUUCAGACACAUACACAGACUGGAUCAACUGACCAGUUACAAGUGAGCACUCCCUCUAGCUCUGUUGUGGACUCGGUCCCUCAGUCAUCUCCAGUGGGACGCUGGCGCUUCUUUAUCAACCAGACCAUUCGUCAUAGAGACUCCAUGUCUAGCCAGGGCGCUGUCACACCACCGCCAACUGCUGAGGCAAAAAUUCCCCAGUCUCCUCAGAAAGAUGAAGAAAAAUAUCUAUCCCAAACUCCUGACUCCUUUGCUGAAAAGGUUUCCUCCCCCCACAACACCCUUUCUUCUGCUUCAUCAGCCUCAGCUGUCUCAGCCCCUGACUCUAUGACCCACUCCACUACUACAGCUGAGACCAUAGCCUCUGAAACCGUCUCCGCCUCUGCCCCGCCCAUUUCUGCUUCAGCUGACCAGAUUCCCAAUUCUCUUUUAACUACAGCAAUACCAACUGUUGCUAACAUCCCAAUUCUGCCAGCUUCUCCUUCUGUUGUGUCUGCCUCAACCACCGCCAUGGUUUCCAGUAACCUAACUCCUGCAGUGACCAGCGUUUGCUCCACUGUAGGUCGGAGCAUAGAAGAUACACUGGGCACUGCAUCAAGGCCACCGGCAGUCGAAAAGUCUCCAGCCUCUUUCCAUUCCGCUCCUCCGGUUGCGGCAAGUCAACUUCUCGUUGAGGAGCAGCAGGUGUUCUCCCAAAUGUCCGCUCCGGUCCCACUGCUGUCUCAGCUACCAGCAACAACACAUCCAGAGCUGUUGCCGAUGCAGUUUGAACAACAGACACAGCAGCUGACACCAAAACAACAGCUUUCGCAGUACCAAGGCAACCAAGAUCAAAGUUUGCAGCAGAGAGAACAACCGCUGCAGCAGGAACCGCAACUGCUGCAGAGACAAAUGGCUGUUCAACCACAGGCUCCUGAGGGCUCUGUGUUGCCUCCAUCAGGCCAAACAGAGUUGCCUCAACCAGCUGUGCAGGCACUUCAGAUUCUGCAACCAUUGCCCCUACAGCAACCCCAGCCACCACAACAGCAACCGUUGCAGUAUGCCCCGCAGUUGCUUCAGGAGUCUCUGUUUCACCAGCUACCACAGCAGGUUUUGGCACCUCAGGCUCCUGUAGUCCCACAACAGCAGGAGCCACAGCAUCAACAGGUGACCAUGCAACAGAUGAUACAGCAGCAGCAAAUAAUGCAACCUCCACUGCAGCAACAGCAGCAUCAGCUGUUUGUGGGCGUUCCAGCUCAAGGCCAAAUGAUGCCCGUAUCCAUAAGUCAACAAUUUCUCCAGCAGCAGGCGCAGCUAAAUGUUACCCCUGUACCCCAACAUCAGAUUACACAACCAAGCCACGUGGCUGCUGGGCCUGUUCAGCCGCAGACACUGCUUCAGCACUCCGAGCAGCAAUAUGAGGGGCUUAAAACCGCGGAGGCAUCUCAGAAGCAGCCGCAGCUCGCGAGUCAGAAGCAGUCUUCUUUGCAAGUGUCAGAAUCAGAGGUGUCUAUAGGAGAGAAGAGUGUCACAGAGGACACAGGAAGCUUUUCUGCCCCCUUUCACCCUUCGUCUGACUCCUCCUUGCCGCCUCUUCAUCUUGCCUCAGCUGAAGCCCACCUGCCCAGCCUUUCCAUCGCGAUGACGCCAUCGCCUGGUCAGCCGUCCUCCGUUGCUGAGUCGGACAGCGAAGGUCCACCAAAAAUUGAAUUUGUCGAUAACCGUAUUAAGACUUUGGACGAAAAGCUGAGAAACCUGCUGUAUCAGGAGUACAGCGGCGGGGCGUCGCCAGCCGGUGUUGCCUCUGUUCCAGCAUCAGCUGCCCCCAUGUCAGGCGGAGGCGACGAAUCAUCUGAGCCUCAGGGACACCAGCGCUUGUCCUUUUACCCACCUGCCACUUCCUCAGACACCUCCUCCCACACCCCAUCCUCAACUACCUCCUCUACCACCACCCGUUCCUCCUCUACCUCUCCUGACCCAGAAAUGGGUGGAAGAUAUGAAGCUUCUUUGGAAGCGGGAGACCCUGUUCUGUCUGGCCCAGUAGAGGAGCAACCUGUCCCCUCUCUCCCCUCAGCUUCUGCCUCAUCCACCAAGCCCACCUGUCUCCUUCCUGCCAUUCAGGAUGGAGCUGCUGGAUCCCAGCACUCAUUAGUAUCAGGAGAACCAACCGUACCUGCUGCACAGCCACACUCUGACACCAGUGUCGUCGGAGAUCCAUCAUGGCCUCUCAAUCAGCAACCGAUCUCCCUCCAGCACGGACAGCAGCAGCACAAUGCAGGAGGUGGAUAUUUUGGCCUAAACCUGACAUGUCCUAGUAUCAGAAAUCCGGUUAGCAAGAAAUCCUGGACUCGAAAAUUCAAAAACUGGGCAUGCAAACUGCGCCACUCCGCCAGCUUGUUCAAGAAGCCCAGAGUCCCACAAGAGGAACAUUCGUGCAGUCAGGCCCUUGAAGGUGAUAAGAAGGAGACACCAUUAAGUUCACCUCAGUUGUGCAAAGAACGAUUUCAGGUGAAUCCAGUUCCACAGACCUCUCCUCAAAAGGAUCUGCCGUCGGGUCAUGGUAGCACUCAUAGGAAAGUGGGACGUUUCUCUGUAAUACAGACCGUGACAAAGAAAGAGGACAGACAGACCGACAGCUCGCAGGUGUCCCCUAAUGUGGGACGAGAUAGGAGGAAAACCCAGACAAAGGAAUGGGAUAAAGAAGAUGGGAAGAUGACCCCAUCAAAGAGCCACCCGUCUCGGGGUUUUGGCCACAGCCACUCCCCACUUGGCAGCAGUGAUGAUGACGAUGAUGCGAGUGAGCUGGAGGAUGAAGGGCUAAGAAGAGAACUACAGAGGCUCAGAGAAAAGCACAUCAAAGAGGUUGUUUCGCUUCAAGCCCAGCAGAACAGAGAACUUCAAGAGCUCUACAGACAGCUUCGUUCUAUCAAAGACCAAAGACAAAGUUUACCUGCCUCUCUGUGUCGAACUCCUCCGCUUCCGGCUGCGCCGCCUGUCCUUUCCCCACGCAGGCCCAGGCUGGCCAAAGCUAAGUUUCGGUCCCGGCCUCACUCUCACAUGGACAACAAUGGAGUUCCGCACUCUGGGGUUCAGCAGUCAAGUAGGUUUUCAGGGGGUGAACAGGGUAGGCUCCACCCUGCAGUGCCUGAUAGAAAAGAUCACAGCCCAUCGAGGAAAAGCACAUUCACAGAUGAACUGCACAAGCUUGUUGACAAUUUGACUAAGGAGACAUUGGGUCCUGCUCCGGUCAAGCCUUCACUGAAUCAAAUCAAGCAGAUUCAGCAGGUGCAGGGAGGCUGGAGUCAGUCCGCAGAGGUGGUUCAACCAGGUUGGUUUCCAGCAGCCCAACUGAACCCCCAGGCACCCUUAGCUCCCUGUCUUUACCCAGGUGGAGGAACCCUGACCACCCUGCCGUCGCAAGUUCCUCCAUCCCCACAAUCACACAUGGCUCAAGUACCGCAGAUGCACCAGAGUUUACAUCUCCAUCAGCCUCCCCCCCUUCAGCAGAUGACCUAUCAGCAAUCCCCUUUGUGCCAGCAAAUGCCACAGCCUCGGAUGCAAGCCUCCAUACAGCCACAGACGCAACCCGCCAUCUUGAUGCCCCAACCGACACCUCAAAGCCAACCUCUGCUGCCUUCCCAAGUCCCCACGUUACCGGUGUCCACAGCCACAUCUCUGCUGCAUGGCGAUGGACCCGCAGAACCCGCUGACAGCACCGCAGUUAGCGGCGGUGUGUUUUGCUCCUGUGCUACCUGUUCCUCGUGUUGCUCAACUGCUGCUUUACCUUCCAGUGCCAAAAUUCACCCAGCAACCCCCACCUCUACUCUUCCUUUGGGACAAAAGUGAAACCAAGAGAAUUGAGAGAUACAUUCGAAGUACCUUGACGUGGUGAUACCCAGUGAGUCGGAACGCAAAACAGAUUCACUUGGCGUGAUAAUUAAGUGUUAUAUGUGUGGGGAACCCGUGAGUGAAGUGAAUACAUGUAGUCCAGCAUGGCGCUGGAUAAGAAAGAAAGAAAGAAAAUGUGAAAGGAAAAAUAACAGGUUAAUAUAAAACUUAGCCGCUGGAUUUAUGAAUGAUUGGAUAUUGAUGUAUAACGUCUUUAACGUAUGGGUGUUUUUCUAUGCGUGUGGCUCCAGUGUUUGUUAAAUAUUUGAAAACAUAUCACUUGAUGUCCUUGGAUACAGAAAAAAAAAAAAUCUCUUCUUCUUAUUUGCAAACCAACUCUGCUGGACCCGGAACCUCUCAAAGCAGAGGCGACAAGGACAAAUCAUUUUACUCCGGCAGUAUUUUUGGCUCAGUUAGCGAGCGCUGACAGUGAAAGAACUAUCACGUUUAAAAGUGCAAUUAGUAACGGUCAUCUAAGUUGAUCAGCAUGUGUUGUAUCAAUCAAUUUGUCUGAAAAGCAUAAAACAUUUUUUGUAGAGCUACAGUGGUUAUUGCCAGAUCCAUAGAUACGUUGUUAUAUGAUUUUUUUUUUUUUUUUUUUUUUUACUUGGUUUGCAGCACAAUACAUGAUGAAGAGAAAUUAUACAGCCAAUUACACAAUUAAGCUUGGUCAACCUGCGCGGCCAUUCUCAUCUCCCAUGAUGCAAUCUAACACGUAUGUAAUGUUGUGGUUUGGUACGGCAUGUCCUUUGAAUCAUUUUGUCUGUGUAAUAGUAACAGUCCAGAAUUGUGUUAUAGGUUGAUUCAUUGAAACAGUGUUCAGUGAACCCCUGAAAACUUUCCACUCCAUACUGCAUGACCUCUCAACUAAUUGGGAUUACAUUUGAGGAGAAACUGCCUCCACCUGCAGUACACUCAUGAUCUCUGAGUAGUUUGGAGACUGAGAAGCUUAACAUGGUGUCAAGGAGAUAUUCUGAGCUCUCCGUAUAAAGUUUUACUGAGGUUAUGCUGAAAAAGUAGAUGGAAAAAAAAGAAAAGGUCAAAUUUAUUAAAAACUGCGUAAACCGUACUGAGAAUAAGUCGUUUCAGCGUUGCCUUUGAUAAAAGCUAUAUUGUGGGUGCGUGAGUGUUUAUGCCUGUUUGAGGAAAGUAAUUGGUGAGAGGCUUAGUCCUCCCCUUUUUCUUUCCUUGAAAGCAGCCUCUCCGAUGUCACUCUACUCACUCACUGUGUGGAAAUGUUUACUCUGCCUGUGUUCUAGGCUUGCCUCCUCGAGUAGCAAAAAGUAAUAAAAACAUUAGGUCUUAA